AUGGGAUCUGAUAGUCAAAAGAAAAUUAUGAAUAUUCUUCCGGCAAUUGAUGAAAAUUCCCUAACGACUAUUGAGUUAUUGAAUCUUUUAAACACGAAUUUCAAGACUGUCACAGAAGAGUUCCGAUUCGAAGUAGAUCAAAUAUCACAAACCAAACAAUGGAAGAGUGCUGAACAAUUGAUUUCCAAGCAUUUGACUAUAAUAACACCAAUUCAAGAGAUGAAUGUUUUGCACUUUGCUGAUUUGGAAAUUCUAGUGGAGGCGUUAUCCUCUGAAGAUGUGGCUUAUCUAAAGACAAAUCUUCUCAAAUCUUCAUCAUUUCAAAAAUUCAAAAUAUCAUUUCUCGAAUCAACAGUUGAUGAAUCAUUACAUACGCUGAUUGGACAACCCUAUCGUAUAGUUUCCGAUUCAAACAAAGUGUGGUACUUUCGGAUUCCGAAUACGGAUUGCUAUAUUCACGUAGUUUUGAAUACACAUGACGUAGACAACAAGAAUCCUAAAGUCAUAAGAUUUAAGCGAGUUGCAAAAGAAGACACUCCAUUUAAUUAA